UGCCUGCCCCCCACCCCUCGCUGUGCUGCCCCCCGGGGGGGCCCCAGCUGGGCCCGAAGCGCCCGGGCCGGGCCCGGAGCCUCCUCGGGAACCAACGGAAAAGGAGGAAGUCGGUGACCCCGGAUCCCAAGGAAAAACAGACCUGUGACAUCCGCCUGCGGGUGCGAGCCGAGUACUGCCAGCACGACUCCGCCCUGCAGGGCAACGUCUUCUCCAACAAGCAGGAGCCGCUGGAGCGGCAGUUCGAGCGCUUCAACCAGGCCAACACCAUCCUGAAAUCCCGGGAUCUGGGCUCCAUCAUCUGCGACAUCAAGUUCUCGGAGCUCACCUACCUGGACGCCUUCUGGCGGGAUUACAUCAACGGCUCCCUGCUCGAGGCCCUCAAGGGCGUCUUCAUCACGGACUCGCUCAAACAGGCCGUGGGCCACGAGGCCAUCAAGCUGCUGGUCAACGUGGACGAGGAGGAUUAUGAGGUGGGACGCCAGAAACUCCUGAGGAACUUGAUGCUCCAAACGGCUCCCUGAGGGGGGGGGGGGGGGGGUUUUUCCGCCUUUUUUUUUUUUUUUUCCCCCCCCACUCCUUUUUUUCCCCACCUUUUUUGUUUUUUCCCCUUU